CCAACUUAGGCUUCAACUUGACCAACAGGCAACUAACUCUUCAAGCUACUUUCUAUGUGAUUAUCAUGGAAGAAAUAUAUGACCCAAAUGUAAGAAAAACAUUUGGUAUCAGAUUCUUGGUCUCUCUCUCAGCUUAAGCAUAAAUAAUUUUCUCAGCGUAUUAUAAGACAGAAAGCAUCUUUUUAAUCUUAAACACUAAGGAAGUCAGGGAAUGUAAACUUCUGGUGUCCUCGACUGGAGGCAUAUAAGUAUCAUAGGAACCAAGCAAUUAUCAUCCGGUUAAGAUGUCCCGUGUUGCAGCAAUGGCAAUUGUUACAGUUCUCUUGGUGUUUGGCAAUGGAAGAUCAGAGGAAGACAUGGCUGCAAAGUCCCCCCAGACAAGUUUGUGGUGUGUAAGCGACUGUGGUACUUGUCCUAUAGUUUGUUCACCACCUUCUCCGCCUCCAAAAGCUUCCAUAUAUUUGGUUCCAUCAGUGCCGCCACCCGCAAAGAAGGUGCCGCCGCCGCCGCCGCCGCUGCCGCCAUCAACUCCUUCAUGGUCAUUUUCAUCAUCACCAUAUUCAUCUUCUUCUUCUCCAUCCAGCGGGCAGGAGAGAGGAGGUUUCUCCUACCCUUACUACUAUUUCUAUAGCUCUGAUGCACUGAGAGCUCAUGGAUUGCUUCAUGCUUCCUUGAGAUUGGUUCCUUUGCUUUGGGUGUUGUUCUCAAUUAUAUGAAGGGAAAGAUGCUUUGUCUGUUGUGUUAUUGUCUUGGUUUCUUCUUCUCUAUGUGGGGAAGCUAUGCCGGUCUGUAGUCUGAUAUCAAGUUUUUACAAGGGGAAAUUGGUUGAAUAUGAUGUAAUUAAAGAUAUUCUUUUAAUUUUAAGAGGAUUUGG